CAGCUGCAACGGAGUCCAUGGCGGCGGCGGCGGCGAUGAUGGUGGGCGGGCGCCAUGGAUGAUCUGCGCCUGCAUUACCGCUUCCUGAGCUGGCGGCGGCGGAUCCGGGAGAUCCGGGAGGUUCGCGCCGUGCGCUACCAGGAGCGCAGCAAACACGUGCUGGUGGACGGGGACACGCUCAGCUACCACGGGGACUCGGGUGAGGUGGGCUGCUAUGUGGCGCCGCGGCCGCUGACUCGAGACAACAACUACUUUGAGGUGUCCAUCGUGGACAGCGGGGUGCGGGGCGCCAUCGCGGUGGGGUUGGUGCCGCAGCACUACAGCCUGGAGCACCCCCCCGGCUGGCUGCCCGGCUCGGUGGCGUUCCACGCCGAUGACGGCAAGUUGUACAGUGGCCGCGCCAAGGGGCGGCAGUUCGGCACCAAGUGCAGCUCCGGCGAUCGCAUCGGCUGCGGCAUCGAGCGCGUCUCCUUCGAGGUGCAGACGGCGCAGGUCUUCUUCACCAAGAACGGGAAAAGGGUGGGCUGCUCGGCCAUGCCGCUGUCCCCCGAGGGGCUUUUCCCGGCCGUGGGGCUGCACUCGCUGGGGGAGGAGGUUCGGCUGCACCUCCGCGCUGCGCUGGAGGACGACAGCGCCAUGAUGGUGGACAGCCACGAGGAGGAGUGGGGCCGCCUGCACGACGUGCGAGCCUGCGGCACGGUGAGAGCCCGGAGCUGGGGGGGGGGGCCGGGCCCC